AUGGUAAGCAAUAUGCAACCAGUAUUCCUGCAGCUGGUGACAACGUCUGCAGAAUGGAAGUUCCCAGCGAUAAUACAAUUUCGCAUUCGAUUGAUUAUUUUCUUCCAGUCGCAAGAGGUCGAAGAAACACUAAAACGAAUUCAAUCGCACAAAGGCGUUGUAGGAACGAUUGUGGUCAACAAUGAAGGAAUUCCCGUAAAAAGCACGCUUGACAAUACGUCCACCGUGCAGUACGCCGGGUUAAUGAGCCAGCUGUCCGAUAAAGCCCGGUCUGUGGUGCGUGAUCUGGAUCCCUCGAACGAUUUAUCAUUUCUGCGAGUCCGAUCAAAAAAGCAUGAAAUAAUGGUGGCUCCAGAUAAGGACUUUUUACUAAUUGUCAUUCAAAAUCCUACGGAUUGA